CCGAGGAGGCAACGGGCUACAUUUUAUGACAGUGCCGUAUUUUGUCUUCCAAAAGUAGGAAAUAAAUAGUCCUUUCUGUGAGAUGGCAGACAUGAAAAGUGAAUGGGCAAUGUGGGCCAACGAGCACGGCUUCACGAGUGGUAUUGUCAUGCUGAUGGGCGGUAUAACUGGAGUGUUUGGUUUCGAUGGGUAUGAGUUUGCAGCCUACACCAUAGCUGCUGGAUUCUUUGUUUGUUUGUUGGAGUACCCCCGCAGCCAGAGAAGGAAAGGAUCAUUGGUAGAAAGAAGGUUCCAGCAUAUUCUCCAUCCCGUAAUGAACUGUGGUGGAUUGUUAACCAAGAACUACUUUGUCCGCUUUGUCCUCUAUCUCCUCAUGUCAGUCCCGGCCAUCUUCACCCUGCCCACUCUGCUCGGUGGCGUGUCUCUCUUCAUCGGGGGGCUCAUCUACUUCAAGGCUGCCCUUGGUGGCGAAGAGUGGCACGUGGACAGCAUGGAGCUCAGACGCCAGAAGACCCUGACUAACCGGCCCCCAAAUAACCCCCCACCACGCCCUCCUCCACAGGGCGCGGCAAACGAGGGAUUCUCCGAGAUUCCACUACAACAGACCGGUGGCCAGUAGAACGUACAUGAAACAAUCGUGGCCCAAUUUCAUAUAACUGCUUAAAGGUACUGGAAUCUAUUGGAAAUUGUUCAGAAUAAUUAUUAACAUAAAA